AUGCACGGACGGACUGCUCGUCGGUGCAGCUCACAUAGGUCGGAAGGCGCUGGCUGCCGCAUCUUCCUGGAACCGGCCGGACCCGCGCGCCGCUGGCCCGCUUUUAUCGCGCUAAUUCCGCCCAAGUGUCGGCCCGCCGCGCUGCCUCCGGAAACAAUGGCGGCGCCGCGAAUUACCGCCGUCGCCUGCCCCGCCCAUAAAACAGAUGAAGGUCCACGUGGCCGCCGCUUACUUUCUCCGCGAGCGGCAGCGGCGGGCGGGGCCACAGACUCAUCUGCUGAGAGCUCCCCCGUCCCGCGUUCCAUUGUGUGCCCGGCGGGAGGGCCCGGAAUAGCUUCGUUUCCACCGCAGCUCCGACGCUCAGAAACCGACGUCGCUAAACGUGCACCUCUUUACAUCCGCAGCCUGCAGCGCUCUCGUGUUACUCGGUCCGCGCGGCCUCCCACUGAGCCGGCCAGCGCCGCGGCGCCGUAUCUCUCGGAGCGAACAGCCCGGAGGAAGUCCGGCGGGCAUCCGGCGGCGGAAAUUCAUCUGUUUAAAAGCUCUUCGGGCGUUCGGCGGCCCGUGAAGUGGCUGCCGGCCGAGUUCCACUCGCCGCCCGCCACCGCAGAGCGCGCCGGAAGUAGCGAAAGUAGCCGGCCCGCCGACCCGAGCUCCGCUACCUGCCGCGGGCCGCCUUUGAAACGUGCGCGCCGCGGCGGCAGCUUCACGGUGAGCACUCUCUUCAGACCGACUGUUAAGUAA